AUGUCUUCCUCUGCUCUGUCACUACUUUCUCUAUCCCUACAAGCAUGCAGAGCCGUUCACCAUCCUGCCCGGAAUUCCUUCCGACUGCUUGCCACUGCGACACCGAACCCCGAAACCACUCAGUCCGAGCCUAACACACACUUUCGCAUAACCCUCCGCCGUUCCGCGAUUUCCCUGCCCAAGAAGAUCAAGGGCACACUCUUGGCACUGGGGAUUCAUCGGCGCAUGCAGACGGUGUACCACAGACAUGAUCCAGAGACGGCCGGCAAGAUCUUGCGGGUGAAGGAGUUGGUCGAGGUGCACAACGUCCCCGCGUCAGCUGUGAGGACUAAGACGGAGCAGAGGCGCGAGAGGAAGGCAAGCAGGGGUUACGCAGUAGUUGGGUCGAAGUUGGAAGAUGCGGGGCUAUGA